AAUCAUUUUUCAAGAUCUUAACUCAGUUUUUUUACUUUAUUCCACAGCGUUGGAGAGUCUGGUGAAUGUAAUGUUACAAUAUUUGAUGUUUAGAUUUCGAAAUGAGUUAGUCCAGAUCAAUUGGAAUUGUGUUUUAUUAUAAAGUGAUACUGGGGGGAGGCAUCUAUUGCAGUGCGUCCACUUUAUAUAGUAAUUCUAGGAGCAUCAGAUCUGUGUGCCCAUUAAAAUACAGAAAUCUGUACAGUUUGAAAACGUAUUUCGUAUAUACAUAUUUCAUUUUGUGGAUACGUACAUGCUUAAGAACAAGUGUGUGUAACGGGCACAUAAUGGAUACUGACACACACAAACACGCAUGCAGAGUCAUGCUCUUAUUCCCUUCCACAUCAUUAACAUGUGCAGAAACCCUCCAAAGCCUUUUCAGCGAUAAACUCCCGGCAUCCGAGUAGGAAAAUGAAUCUGAGUGGUGACCUACCUAUCCAAAAGGGAGCCGUGCUGAGUGUGAGCGUGCAUGUGUUGUGUGCGUGUGGUGUGAGAGCUGCGUGCUGCAGCAUAUCAGCCUUUUGUCAUCCUGCCUGCCUUGGACUGUACCAUGCUGCAAAGUCAGGAAAAUGAAAUGGAAACAAGGGUGUGUGAGGAGAGCCCGCUCUGUCUUUUUGCUCGCAAUACCAGGUUUAUAUUGCGGUUCUGCUGAAUGCGGGUUCCUUCUGAAACUGAAAUCGUUUUAAGAUUAAUGUAGAACAAAAUGAUGAAACAGGAGUGGUCUGGUGACAUUAUUUUGACAUGAUUGGCUGAGGAUUAUGAUGUAAUAGGUUACAGUGCAGCCCCUUAUAGGUUUUAAAAUGAAUUCCAAGGCACCAUUACAAAGAGAGCCUGACUCUUUCCUUGUAUCUGAGCUUACUCAGUGAAACUCAUACAAAUGUACAAUACUGUUUGGAAUAUGGAAGAACUGGAUAUAGAAUAUCCUAAGACAGAUAUAAACUGUGGCACAGACUUGAUGUUUUACAUAGAAAUGGAUCCACCAGCUCUGCCUCCUAAGCCACCAAAACCUAAUACUGUAACUAACAACGGCAUGAAUAACAACAUGUCAUUACAAGAUGCUGAAUGGUACUGGGGAGAUAUAUCAAGAGAAGAAGUAAAUGAGAAACUUCGAGACACUGCUGAUGGUACCUUUUUGGUACGAGAUGCUUCAACCAAAAUGCAUGGGGACUACACACUUACUCUAAGGAAAGGAGGAAAUAACAAAUUAAUCAAAAUAUUUCACCGAGAUGGGAAAUACGGCUUUUCUGACCCACUGACUUUCAACUCUGUGGUUGAGCUAAUAAACCACUACCGGAAUGAAUCUCUAGCUCAGUACAAUCCCAAACUUGAUGUAAAAUUACUGUAUCCAGUGUCUAAGUACCAACAGGAUCAAGUUGUAAAAGAGGAUAGCAUUGAAGCAGUGGGUAAGAAAUUACAUGAGUAUAACACCCAGUUCCAAGAAAAAAGCCGAGAAUAUGACAGACUCUAUGAAGACUACACACGAACAUCUCAGGAAAUUCAAAUGAAAAGAACAGCUAUUGAAGCAUUUAAUGAAACAAUAAAAAUAUUUGAAGAGCAGUGCCAGACGCAAGAGAGAUACAGUAAGGAAUACAUUGAAAAAUUUAAACGAGAAGGAAAUGAAAAGGAAAUACAAAGAAUUAUGCACAACUAUGAAAAACUGAAGUCUCGAAUAAGUGAAAUUGUGGACAGCAGGCGUAGAUUAGAAGAGGACUUAAAGAAGCAAGCGGCUGAAUAUAGAGAGAUAGACAAGAGAAUGAACAGCAUUAAGCCAGACCUCAUACAGCUGAGAAAGACAAGAGACCAGUACUUGAUGUAAGUAUCAUUAUGAAUUAA